AUGGUCACCGUAUCAACUUUGGAGGACUCGAUCUUCGACUCGACAAAAGAAACCAAUUUGGGCGGAUCUAUCCUUGCAGUGGUCGCAGUUCUCGUCGGUGGUGGGAUAGCGGUGUACGGGUACCGGUACAUGUAUGAGACGGUCUUCGCUACCGGGUUUGCUCUUGGAGCCGUGGGCAUCGCUGUGACUGCGGAGCGUAUGCUUGUCGAUAAAUCGUACUGGUCCCUUGGCUCGUGGCUUGCCUUCAUCUUCGGCGGCCUCUUGUGUGGUGGCCUGGCCAUGUGGGUCCAUCCGAAGAGCAACUUUAUCGCAGGAGUGGCAGGAGGCAUCGCACUUGCGGUUAUCGUAACCAACUCAGCAGCACACUAUGUUUUCCCUAGUCAGACCCAGGAAUUAUUUACAAUUCUGUGCGUAGUCUUUGCGGUAGUGUUCGCUGCAGUGGACCUGAAGUACGGUAAACCGGUUGAUAUUGUUGGAACCAGUAUCUUCGGCGCUGCAAGUCUUGCAUGGGGUAUCGGCUUUUUCGUUGGCGACUUCCCGUACCCGAAUGACCUCGAGAAAUACGCAACACAGAACGUGAAUGGCGACCUGGAAUACUCUAUCCCGACGGUGUGGUGGGGCUACCUCGGAGGGAUCGUGGUGAUCUCCGUAUUUGGCGUACUUAUCCAGUUCCGAAAGACCAGCCGCACCAUGAUUAACGACGAGUUCGCUGGCUUUGAACCUCAUGGAUUCGGAUACCCCAUCGACGCCGUACCGUACGUUGAGAACGCGAAGCAGCGUCCAACGAUUCCCGUCUUGGACCCACCCGCAAGCACGGCCCGAGACUCGGACUACUUGCCGACAUCAUACCCCACACACGAAUCUUUUUGUCGACUGUACUCCCGGAACACGGAGGCGCAGUCGAUUAGCAAGAUGAGGUCCAAAUUCUUAGAGGCACGAGCUCAGUCUGUUGAGACAAAGACUCCGAUGGACACUAGAGGUAGCUAUCAGCCAGCGACGAUGAACUCUUCCAGAGGAGUGAUGGCAGAGGUGCAGGAGGAAGAGUUCUAA